GUUGGUUCAUUUCGAACCAACCAACCAGCUAGCUAGAUAUGGAAAUAUUAAGAAAUGUGGAAUUGCAAAUCUCCAUCUUUUAAAAUGGAAGCAUCUACUGUUAAUGUAUUUGAUCCCCUUUCGCAACAGUAGCUUGCUAGUUGCAUAUUUGAUGUGUGCUUAGCUAGCAGUAAUAAUAUGGUCAGAUGGCGAGGCACAGAAUCUGACGUUAAUAUCGCCACCGACAUUGAUCUGUCUAUCGGAAUACCCCACCGUGUUUCAACAAUCGCAACUGCCAGAUGACGGCAGCUACAAGGCAAGAGGUUCUCUCAUUGUACAGACGGGUGCUGCGCAUUGCUCGGAGUUGGCAGGCACAGUCUGCACUUCAACAGGACACUGAGAGAGAGAGACUCUACAUAGCUCAAGAAGCACAGACUCUUUUCAGACAGAACAAGCAGGUUACCGACCCACAAUCCAUCAAGAUGUGCGUAGAAGAGUGCCAAGCAAGGAUAGAAAUUGGGCUACAUUAUCGGAAUCCAUAUCCACGGCCGACAUACCUUCCUCCAAUGGGGCUUGCCACUCAGAAAGGCAGAAAGCUACGUGCCCAAGUGAGACUGAGGAAGCAGGCCAAGCCCAUUUACUUAGGACCACAUGAUGAGACUUCCUGAUGAUGUCACGGUUCUCGUGGCGUGAGCCUGAGGCCAGGAUGCAGGACGCUGUGAAUGUGGGUAUGAUGGAGACGGGGGCCAUGUUUAAUCGGAGCAUGACACAGAGGCCUUUCUCAGCAUGCUUGUUGUCAAUACACAGUUGUUCUGAUGUGGUGAUAAAAUUGCUCUCUUCAUUCUGUAUGAGUGUGCAAUAUCAUAAGUUAAUUCUUCUUGUAAACAUUUCAGAGCUAUACUCCACACGAUGCAGUCAAAUCUGUGUUCAGGCCCCCCAAUAUAUCGUUUUGCCAUUGCCAUCUACUUGAAGGAAUUUUUAUGUCUUAGCAUUAUUUUUUUAAAUCAAGUUAUACAGUAUUGUAUGAUAUAAUAUAAUGGGGUUUAUUUCUGUGUAAUAAAAUAUGACUUUUUACAAACA